UUGCAGUGACACAGAUAGUGCCUUUUCACCACACGUGUCAACAGCAUGCACCCUUGUAUAGCGAACUAACGGCAUUGGGCAAGACACAGAACAAAUUAUUCCUACCACAUUUCCUGUGUGGUAUUGCUGAUUAUACACUUGAAUGUAGCAGCAAUGACAGUGCGCAUCACAUGUGCAUAAAGUAAUGCUUGUACCCCAACCUAAGUGACAGGACCGGUCACCCUGGUCAACUCCCCCUGUUGCUGUGGUCAAGUUACUGUUGUGGUCAGUCACAAUGAACACCUCAGUAGCGGUGGCCAGAGGGGUCAACAACGCCACCCUGGAGAUGCUGGUCAGUCCUGUGAUGACCGUGGCUGUGCCUGUUAUUUACCUGUCUGUGUUUGUGUGCAGUACCCCCUGCAACCUGCUGUCUCUGGUAGCGCUGCUGAACGUCCAUUACAAACGCCAUACUCCCACGUCUGUGUUUGCCAUCAACUUGUCGCUGGCAGACCUGCUCUACAGCGCCUUCCUGCCCCUACAGGUGUUGUACCACCUGUGGGGUAAUGACUGGCCAUGGGGCGCUACCCUCUGUGGCCUCACCACCACAGCCCUCAACUGCAACAUGCAUUGCUCCGUCCUCACCACCUGUGCCAUCGCGCUCGAGCGCUACUGCGGUGUCGUACGCCCGCUACGCACCAAACACUGGCGCACCGCCCGGAAAGCCGCCAUCGCCUGCGUCCUCAUCUGGGCAUUUGUUCUGAUUACUGAGACGCCCUUGCUCCGCAGUGACCUCACCCUCCGGGUCGUCGAGCUAAACAUCACGACCUGCUUCGACGUGCUUCCGCGUAAACUGUUCCUUCACCAAUCACUAGCCUAUCUCUACUUCCUAGUGGUUCUGCUGAUGUUCUACGUGUUGCCGUUAGCCGUCCUGGUCAGCUGUUACGUUGCCGUGGCGAGAGGCCUGCACAGGUCGUUGCCGACGGCAGCUGAAGGCAGUGACGGUAAGAGGGAGGUGUUGUCAAGGCGACGGGCUCAGACCACAGUCGCCUUGGCAACCCUGUGCUUUGUGGUGUGUUACCUACCAACCAUCACCCUUCAUGGCCUGCACGUAGUCUUCCACUCCCAGGGCAAGAGCCUGUACAGAUACUAUAAACUCGCGCUGAGCAUCAACAGCCUCAACUGCUGCUUUGACCCGUUUGUGUACUACUUUGCGUCGAGGGAGUUCCGGCUGGCUCUGAGGAGGCUGCUGGGGCGGUGUGUCCCACUGGGAGAGGGGGAGGAGCUUGGGACCUCUGAGCUGGUGUCCAUGACUGGGGAGCCUAGGGAAUCUAAGGGCCACUACGAGGCCGUAGUUGAUCACUAGAUAGUCAUGCUGGAAUGGACAAAGUAUGCAGAUGCCAUAGCAAAUGACCCAAACUGUAAAUACCCCAAAAUCUAUUUUGUUAUUUUAUGGACAGACCCUGUGCGGUCUUCAUUAUAAAGCUGUUUAUGCAAUUGUUGUCAAUGCAAAUUUUUAUAGUUAUUCUGACUUCAUUCCGUUGACAUUCAUUAUUGAAUAAAUCUUAGACAUGCAUCA